AAAAAAAGGUGCAAAAGAGAAAAGGGGCAAAGUGUAGAAAUCCAAAUCAACACUUCGCCGUCUUCCCUUCCAUUUCAAGCAAAUGUUUUUUAUUUCUGGAAUCAUUCGUAUGUUUUCUGUGCUGACGACGGCAUAAUUCACAGAAUAACAUCUCAAAUCUGAAACCUAAUUAUUCCUAAAUCCACCGUCCCGCCGAAGUCCGAGUUUCAAAAUGUCGCCACCGGUGAUCGCGCCGCAGCCCGCUUUCGGAUUCGCUAAACCUGAUUCAGCUCAGAGCUCAGAAUCUGGGGGGAACUUUAAUUUCUCUUCUGCUUCGACUGAUGCUGCUCGAUUUGAUUACUCGAAAACCGGUGCCGAUAAACCACGCAUUUCGGGCCGAUCCAGGCCGAGAUUAAUGAAGACGAGGAGGCGGAAAAUGCCAGAUGGUGUUAAAACUGAUUUGGGAUUGAAUGGGUUUAGUGGUGGUGGUGGGGAGAAAGAUUUUGAGGGGAAAUUGGGAGGUGCUUUCGGAAUUAAUAAUGGGAGUACGGGAUCGAAUGGAGGUGAGGAGAAGGGUCGUGGUUUAAAUGAAAGCGUGGGUAGAUUUGGGAACGGAUUUGGUUUUGAUGUAGACCUGAAUAAUUCUUUGUUUGAAUUUGGAUCAGGGAAAUUUACGCCCUUGGUUGAUGCCACCAAGGAUACCAUGCCGAGCAAUCGGCAGUCAAGAAAGAGCGAUAUUUCAUCUGGUUUUGAUAUAGGUAGCUCAAAUUUUGGGCAAAAGGAAUCUGGGAGUUUUGUUUUUGGAGCUUGUAAGGAGGCCCCGGUAUCAAAUCCGGAUUUGUGUGGGCAGUUUGUCUUUGGUGUUGGUGACAGUGCGUGUAGUCGUGAUUCGAGUUUCAAUAUGAAGGAGGCGAGUGACUCAGCUUCACAAGUCAAGUUAGAGCAACAGGGUUCGCAUGAGUCCAGUUUGAGUUCGAGUGCUGAUGAGUUUGUGAAGUUUAAUGCUGUCAAAUUUGAAAUUGGUGCUAGUAGAACUGAUAAAUUUGUAGGAAACACAAUCCAUGACAUAAGGGGUAAAGUUAAAUUGGAUAGUUCUGGGGCUUCUGAAAAGGUUAGCGACCCUAUCUUGAAAUUUCCAUUCAAUGUGAGUGAUGGCAGUAGCAACGAUCGUGAAAAUUUUGUGUUUACGGAAAACACUGACUUCAAGUUCAACAUAGGAUUGGGAAAUAAAUCCUCUGGUGGAAAAGUGGAUGUGCCUAAUUUUCGAAAGAGUGGGAAAGAAAAUGCAGAGAUUGGAUCUCAGUCUCACGUGGAUGGUGUUUUCGUUUUUGGAGGACUGAAAGGCAAACAAGGCAUUAAUUCUGGUGGAAGUACUAAGCCUGUUAGUGAGAUGAAUGAGUUGAACAUGGGAAAGGCUGAAGAAAGUAAUAUUACGUUUCAAACUAGUUGUAAUUCAGGUGGUUCUUUCGAGCAAGGUCCUGCAUAUGGCAUAUUGAAUGAGAUGAAGAAACUGAACAUUGGUGAUUCUAAAGUGGGUACUACAAGGUCUGGAAAUUUUAGUUGUAAUUCUGCAUCAGGGGCUGAUAAUUUAUUUGUGUUUGGAGGCAACCAGCAGGACUCUGGUUUUGUAGAUGAGAAUUGUCCUAGUAUGAACCGGAACACUCCAGAUUUGAGUCGCUUCUCCCGGAGUAACUCUAAGUCAACUAGGACUUUCUCAACUUCCGUUGGAAUGGGCUUCAAUCUGAACAAUGGUUUCCAAGAGGUGCCACCUAUUGAUAAAGAUAAGAAUGACAACAUUAGAGACAAACUGGCUGGAUUAGGCUCAGAUGCAGAUUGCAUCACACCAGAUAUGAAAUUUGCAUUUUCGAGCAACAAUUUGUUCCUAGGUGUUGAUAAGUUAGGUAACACAAAAUUUAGAUCAGUCAAAGGAAAAACAUCAAAGAAGAGAAAUGGAAAGCUAGGACAAAGAACCUUUGUCCAGCAGUUGUUUCCGCAGAGUCAGAUGUUUAAGGAAGGCAGUUCCCAGCAAAAUCAUGCAUCUCCUGGUUGUGGUUCACCCAUGGAUUUUUCACCGUAUCAAGAUACAAGUGCCAGCAAUGCACCAGAGGCAGAUACUGCAUCGGGAUUAAAAGUUGAUUCUGCUGCAAACCAGAAAAAUAUAUCAGAUGAUGGGGAAAAUCCUGAAGAUGAUAAGAGCAAUUCAGUUUGCUCUCCUUCAUUACCUGCAGAGGAUGGCCUGUCAGCAAUAAAACGCAAAUACAAGAAAAAAUAUAGAUUGAAAGUUGGUUUAAAUCCCACUAUCCAAGGAAACAAUUCAAGAAAAGAAAAUGUUAAGCUCGAACCCAGUGGGACUUCUAAUGAACUAUGUGAGCGAUGGAGAAUAAGGGGGAACGAAGCUUAUCAUGCUGGGAAACUUUCCAAAGCAGAGGAACUUUACUCAAUGGGCAUCGAUUCUGUUUCACGUGUUGAUACCACAGGAUACCCAUUGAAACCACUUUUACUCUGCUAUAGCAACCGUGCAGCCACACGAAUGUCACUUUCAAGGAUGAGGGAAGCCAUAGCAGAUUGUACAAAAGCAUCUGAGCUAGACCCAGACUUUAUGAAAGUUAUAUUAAGGGCUGGAAAUUGCUAUUUGGUAUUGGGAGAAGUUGAAGAUGCCAUCCAGUGUUACAGAAAAUGCUUAGGAGCUGAGAACAGCAUUUGCUUGGAUAGGAGAUUUACAAUUGAAGCUGCUAGUAGCCUGCAAAAGGCAGAGAAAGUAGCCGAAUGUAUGCAUCAAUCUGCCAUACUCUUGCAAGAAGGAACUGAUGAUGCGGCAGGCAAGGCUCUUGGGAGCAUUGAGGAGGCCUUGUCUACAUGCCGUUAUUCUGAGAGGUUGCUUCAGAUGAAAGGAGAGGCUAUGUACAUUUUGCGGAUGUAUGAAGAAGUGAUCCAACUUUGUGAGCAAACUCUUGAUAUUGCCAUGAAGAAUUUUCGUGCUGAUCUUUUGGAUAAUCAAGGCGAUAGUUCUCAUGUGAAUUUGUGGAGGUGGUGCCUGCAGAGUAAGUCCCACUUUCGUCAGGGAAGGCUUGAUGUGGCUCUUGAGUUGAUUGAAAAACAAGAGAAAGUGCCAAUAAGCUCAAUGUGUGGAGAUUUAUCUGGGAAAUCCUCCAUUGCUUUAGCCACCAAUAUUCGAGAACUCUUAUCCUUAAAAAAAUCAGGAAAUGAAGCCUUCAACUCUGGAAGGUAUACAGAAGCUAUAGAUAAUUAUACCAUUGCCAUAUCAAAAAGUUUUGAAUCACGAGCUUUUAUGGCUGUCUGCUUCUGCAAUCGUGCGGCUGCAUACCAAUCCCUUAGCCAAAUAGUUGAUGCCAUUUCAGAUUGUAGUGUAGCUAUAGCCUUGGACGAGGACUAUGCAAAGGCAAUUUCAAGGAGAUCUACUUUGCAUGAAAUGAUUAGGGAUUAUAAACAAGCAUUAAAUGAUAGUCAGAGGUUGGUCUUGCUUCUUGAAACUCAAUCUAAAAGCAAGACUCAGAGCAGAUCAAGCGGAAGCAGUGGUGUUAGGGAUUUAAGAAAGGCCCGCCGUCGUCUUGCUACUGUUGAAGAAAAAGCGAAAAAGGAUCUUCCUUUGGAUUUUUACCUUAUUUUGGGAAUCAAUGCAUCUGAUGCCGAAUCCGAGAUUAAGAAGGCCUACCGGAAGGCUGCUCUCAGGCAUCAUCCGGACAAGGCUGGUCAGGUCUUCGCAAGGAAUGAUGCUGGGGAUGACGGAAAAUUAUGGAAAGAAUGCGGCGAAAAAAUUCACAACGAUGCUGACAGACUGUUUAAGAUCAUUGGGGAGGCAUAUGCUGUACUCUCAGAUUCUUCCAAGAGGUCCAAGUAUGAUAUAGAUGAGGACAUAAGGAACAAUUACAGAGACAGCAACAGAAAUGGUAGCUAUGAUGAGGAGAUAAGGAACAACAACAGAGACAGCAACAGAAAUGGUAGCUGUGGACGUCCAUCGACAUCUUACAGUUCUCCAAAUUAUAACAGAAGUUGGUCGGGCAGAUCCGGUACUUACAGCACAUCGUAUGGAGGAGGAAGAAGCAGCAGCAGCAGCAGACGGAACUGGUAUGAAGCAUACCCCAAAACUUACAGUUACCCGCAUUCACAAUGGUAGAAGGCAAGGAUUGCUCGUAAACAAUGGAGAUAUAGACAUGGUGCAUCACCUGGGAAAUCCAGAAUACAGGGGAAGGUGAUGAUGCAAUAGAGUUGGUGAAGUUGCAUUUCGUGCAAAGGAGCUCUGCCCGUGAGCCCUUUGCGAUGGCAAAUGGUCUUUCCCUUAGGGAGUUGUUCAAUAUUCAUUGAUGGUUGAGGUCAUUCGUACACAUGUAAUUUGGUGGUUUGUUGGAAAAAUUAUUCAAUGUAGAUGAAUUUUUUUGGAACAGGUUUCGCAUCCUGGUGAAAAUAAAGGAAAAUGCAUUUGCUUUUUUCA